AUGGCUUGGGCAGGCCGACAUUGGGUAGAUUUUGUCAAGGGAAGCUACCGCAAGCUUCGCUACAUCAACUACGACAUCCUUUCACGGCGGUCCUGGCUUCAUAAGCUCUUUGCUGCUUGCUUCAACUGGUUUUGGGCUGGGCGAAUUUUGUACGUCGACGCUGAUGCUGGUGAGUGGAAAUACACCACGGAGUCCGCUCUACGCAAGCCCGGCUCUAACACCACCCGGCUCGCAGUGGUGUCCGACACACACCUCUACCACUGGCAGCUUUGGGUUCCCAAAGGAGAUAUCCUUAUCCAUGCAGGAGACUGCCUUGCGGAGUGGGGCAACGGUGCCAAGGAACUAGAAGACUUUGCUGCGUGGCUCCACGCUUUGCCACACCGGGAGAAGUUGGUGACAGGCGGCAACCACGACAAAGUGUUCGAGGACCUCGGACCAGAGCGCAUGGCUCAGGAUAUCUGCACCCGGAUCUAUGCGCAACUCGGGAUGCCGGCGGUUUGGUCGUUGGAGGAAUACAUUGAAAUGUCGGUGGCUGCACGAGGCUGGGCAAGUGCGGAGCAGCGAAGCCCCGCCUUUGCCGGCGCCUGCGUGGAACAGGGUGGUGGCUGCGGCGAAGAUGCAGCGUUGAAGAGCCAUCUAGACACGAUCUUUGCUGACGGCUGUCGCGAGGGACAGCCAACAUUACGGCAUACAUGGCCUAAGGAAGGUGAGUUCGGUCCACCUGACGGUUACGCGAAGUGGUUGGACCGGGCAGAGUCGGUUUCGCUCACCCGAGCUGAGGUCAUUUCCUGGCCUUCGCUGCUGGAGUGUCCGGCGGCUGCCUGCGCAUCCCUGACGGCGCAGACCGUGGGAGCAAAGGGCUCCAAGCAAGCUUUCCUCGAGAUCGCGGGCCUCGACGCCACAACAACCGAAGAGGCACACAGCUUCAUUAUUGAUGCGGCGCGGCGCAUGCAGUUCUGCUACGAUGAGUUGCUGCAAAACGAGCAUCAGCAGCGCCUUUUUUCCUUCCUCGGGCUGAUUGUUGCAGCGCUGGAGAUCGCUCUGGCGCAUCUCCGGAGGUGGUCGCAUGAGCUGCGCCCCCGCAACCCACACCACGAGGAGGGUCGAACAGUUUGGCACGACCACUACAGCGGCCUGUACCCCCCUGUCAACUAUUCCGAGCAGUUUGAUCUUCAGUGGCAGUUGGCUUCCGAGCAGCCGGACAGCGACUUUGCCAGGGAGUCGUCUGUUCGCUUGGACGACUGUGCCCUGAAUGAUAUGAUUGCCUCCACCUUUGGUGUCGUCAACUUCCUGCCGAACUGCAGCGCCGAAGCCUUGGAAGACCACGAGAGGUUGGAGCGGGGCAUCUCGCGGCAGAACUUCGUCACCUUGGACAUCUCCCGUGUUGUCGGGGCGGAUGCGCUUGACGUGGGCUGCGGGUUCGGCAGAUGGACGGCGAUGCUGAUGCGGAUCGGCGCAAAGGUCACCUCCGUGGAUGCAUCGCCCCAUGCGGUGAAGUCUACGAGGAGGUACAACCCGGAGACAUACCAGAUGUCGCUGUUUGAUCUUCCCAGCUUACCAGGCUAUCAGGCCGGGUAUGACUUCGUUGUCUGCUGGGGAGUGCUGCACCACACGCACGAUCCGAAGCAAGGCUUUCGGAUCGUGGCAGACGCCCUGCGCGAGGGAGGUGUCCUCUUCACGCAGGUCUACAACGAUCGAGCGAAAGCUGGCUUCCACUACACGCAAUCCUUUCGGGCGCGCUUUCACCAGCUCGAGACCCUGGAAGAGAAGUUGCAGUUUUUGAGGAUCACUUGCCGUGCUGCGGGUGCAGAUAUAUUCGAUCACCUGGACGGGAUGUUGACAUUCUACAACUGGGUGGUCCACGAAGAAGUUGUGCGCAACUGGUUCCUGUCCAACGGCUUCGUGGACUAUUGGAAGGUGUGGAAUUACAAGUACCUCGGGAGGAAACGGCCUCUGCUGGCACCUGUCCGGGACGACUCUGGCGUGCUACUAUCCAACAGCGUGGGUGAAAGCGUUGAAGAAGGCCGGAACUAUCCGAUCGUCGGUUUCUAG